ACUAUUUUCUUUCGUCAUCAUUCUACGACAGGCUUGCCAGCACACAAAAACCACAACACAGACACUCAAACAAAAUAAACGUUGCUGAUUGCAUGUGGUUUGCGAAAUAUCGAUGUUGACACGUAGCAAUACCAGGCCCCCCUGCACCGUCUUCUCAUAGUGCUUUUGUGUGAGCGCGGUCGGGAUGGGCCAGCAGAUCUCAGGCCAGGCGGUGAUGACCAGUCUACCUGAGAAGCUGAUGAAACACGCCAGGCUGGUAACAGACAGCGGUUACCUCAACUACGAGGAGUUCCUGGGCAGGGUGGCAGAGCUCAAUGACAUGACAGCUAAGCUUGCAGCUGGACAGCAAAAACACCUGCUCUUUGAAGUCCAGACUGGCUCGGACGCCUCUGCUCUGUGGAAAGUGGCUGUGAGGAUAGUUUGUACCAAGAUCAACAAAGAGAAUGGGAUGGUGGAGGCGUCUCGCAUCAUGAACCUGUACCAGUUCAUUCAGCUGUACCGUGACAUUACCAGCCAGGCAGCAGAGGUGCUGUCAGCAGAGGGCGCCAGGCUCCCGUCUGGAAACCUCCCAUCAGGGGACUCCUGUCAGGCCAGCAUGUGGAUGGGCAGGGUAAAGCAGUUGACUGAUGAGGAAGAGUGCUGUAUCUGCAUGGAUGGGAAAUCUGACCUCAUCCUGCCUUGUGCUCAUAGCUUCUGUCAGAAGUGCAUUGACAAGUGGAGUGGGCAGAGCAGGAAUUGUCCGAUAUGCCGCUUGCAAGUGACCGCUGCUAAUGAGUCGUGGGUGAUGCCUGAUGCCCCUACAGAGGAGGACAUAGCUGGCUAUAUCCUCAACCUGGCUGAUGAGGCAGGCCAUCCACACAGACCUUAAACUGCUCAACACUAAGACACUUUGAUAAACUAGUGACAGACAAACUGACAUCGGGAAUAGUUUGGGGUUUUUCCUGACUUGUGUAGGGCCUGUAGUUUUCCUCAUCAGGAAAAAACCUUGGCCUAGUUUUGGGGUAUGUAGAUAGUCACAUUUAGCAAUUUUAACCACUGGUUCUAUUUAUUUUAUGUUCUCUUUUUUACUUUUCCAUAUUUUUACAUGAUUGCUCUCCAAAGUGGAUGUGUAUAUAAGAUUUAAAGGUGUGUAUAUACACUUGGUGGCCAGCUUAUUAGGUACACUACCCCAUUCAUGAAAAUGGUUUGUUUCUACAGACAGUGAGUCACGUGGCCGUAGCUUGCCAUAUAAAGCAGGCAGACAGGCAUCGAGGCAUUCUGUUCGAUUGAAUGUUAGGAUGUGCAAAACGACUGACCUAUGCGACUUUACGCAUGGUUUGCUCAUCGGUGCCAGGCACGCCGGUUCCAGUAUCUCAGAGGCCCGGCCUCCUGGGCUUUCCAGGCAUGACAGAGUCUAGGGUUGAUCAAGAAUUGUGCGAUAAACAACAAAACAUCCAUUUAGUCCUAUGGUCAAAAACAGCUCGUUGAUGAGAGGUCGAAGGAGAAUGGCAAGAAUCUUGCAAGCUAAAAGGCGGGCCACAAACGGGUAAAUAUUGACGCAGUACAACAAUGGUGUGCAGAACAGCAUCUCAGAACACACAACUCACUGGUCCUUGUCACAGAUGGGCUAUUACAGCAAACGACCACACCGGGUUCCACUCUUAUCAGCUAAAAACAAGAAGAAUUGGUUCCAGUGGGCACAUGAUGACCAAUACUGGACAAUUGAGGAGUGGAAAAACACUGGCUGGUCCAACGAAUCCUGGUUUGUGUUGCGUCAUGCUGGUGGUAGAGUCAGGGUUUGGCAUAAGCAGCAUGAGUCUAUGGCCCCAUCCUGCCUUUUUUCAACAGUACAAGCUGGUGGUGUAAUGGUGUGGGGAAUGCUUUCCUGGCUCACUUUAGGUCCCUUAAUAUCAAUUGAGCAACGUUUCCAUGCCCUUUAAAAUUCAGGCUGUUCUCGAGGCAAAUGAGGGUCCGACCUGGUACUAGAUGUGUACCUAAUAAGUUGGCCACAUUGUUUCCGUUCAGCUUGGUUAUACCUACUCUUAGAAUUGCGCUUUGAAUCCUGGAUAAUAGUAGAUGUUUUAGUAUUAACUGUUAUAGGCAGCUCUGUAACUGCUGUUGAACUUUGCAUAAAUCACUGUAGUCACAUGAAUACUUUAAUUUUGAAAUCCACACACUGUGGGAAUGGUUUGUAAUUUCAUGAAAUGUGAAAAUAAGUACAAUAAUCUCAUGGAUGUUUUAGCCAGGAUAAAGCUUUCUAUUUUCUCUUUAAUCAACAUGUUAGGGUGAGAUGAUUUCUAUCAACUAUUUUGAGCUUUUAGUCUAAAUGACUGUUUAACAUAAUUAAAACAAAACUUCUGCAUUAUUAUUUACAAUAAUUAUUUAUUAUAUCACUGAUACCCAGGCAAGUGCAUUGGAUGUUAUAAAUAAUGUACUUUUUAUUAAGUGUGAGAGACUGAGUGAAUGUUAAAAGAAUACAUAUAUAUAUUUUUAUUCCCAUUAGAUAACUAAAGAUUGAAGCUGUUUUGUAUAUGCACUUUAUUCACUGUUAGUUCAACAAUGAUUUAACAUGUUUUAAAACAAAUAUUAGUCCACAGAACAUUUUUAACCAAAUCUGACAAAGUAUUUUGGGUUUGUAAUGUUGACCAAUUGCACUUUUGAACACUUUUGUAUUUCGCUGUGACAAUCGUAUUAUUAUUGUGCGUCUUUGAGUAAAGCUAUAUCCACCACAACAUAAUUGAUGUCCUUUAGAAGUGUAGCAGGGCUCUACACUUACAAGAUGAGGAACUUUGCCUGAGGACUUGUGUUAGCAACCAGAGCUAACAACUAGGCUUUAGCUCAGUGGGCUAACGCAGUCUUCAGUUACAUCAAUAUCCUGUGUUCAACCUGGUUGUUUACAGAAGCGCACAGCCUAGUAAUUUUAUGAAAGACAAACUGCAUUUAGCAUUUGAGUGCAAUGUUCUAUGGUGGCCUAUAGGUGGUAGCAUGUACUCUGUAACUGCACCUGUAGUUGGCUGGAGUACUUUAGAAGGACUAAUUCAGGAUGUUUAGGACGCAACUUGAUAGUUAACUAUGAUUAUGGUCUUUUCUUGUUAAUUGAUAAACUGAACUGUCUCUGAACAUUCAACAUUCAUAAACCAACAACAGGCUAAUAAAGAG